AUGGCUAAGAGGAGAUCUCCAAUUCGUACUCGCGCAAAAGCUAGGAUGGAGAACGAGGAUGUCAGUAUAUGCGUGGCCAACAUGGAGAACCAGCUGGCUCAACUCACUACUUUGAUGGUUGAGAUAAGUCGAAAAAUCAGUGAACCUCCGACCCCGACCAUAGCCGGAACCUCUACUCCCGUUUUGUCGGGACCCGCUCCACCCUUAGUUGGAGAACCACAUGUCGUCGAUCCUGCUGAAAAAGGUGCUUCUGAGGAAGCCCCUUCUAUUACGCCUGUAAUCGUCGAUCUGGAUCCCUCUCCAAAGGAGGGAUCCGCCAUCCGCUUUGACGAAGAAAAUGCAAGACGCUUGGCUAAGAUGGAGGAGCGACUUUGUGUCCUCCAAGGAUAUGAGAUGAAGGGAGUGGACAAGCUAACCCCGUAUGCUAAGGUGAAAGUACCCGAGAAUUUUAAGGAGCCGGAAUUCACAAGAAAAUAUGAUGGCACUGGCUGUCCUAUAACCCACCUCAAAUACUAUUUAAGGAGGAUGGCUUGCUACUCCGACAAUGUCCCGCUCCUCAUACAUACAUUUCAAGAUAGCUUAGAUGGUCCUGCCUUGUCGUGGUUUAUUGCACUGGAUAUUGAAGAGCUCACUGGAUGGGACGACCUCACUGACGAGUUUUUACAGCAAUAUAAAUUCAACUCUGAGAUUGUCCCUACAAGAGAGGAGCUAGUUCGAAUGAAAAAGAGGAGGAACGAAUCAUUUAAAGCGUACGCCCAGAGGUGGAGAAUGAUGGCAUCACAAGGAUUAGUGUACUCUGGGUGCCAAACAUUUUCACAACUGGUGGAGAUUGGUGAAGGGGUUGAAUGGGCGAUAGUUGAUGGAAGAAUAUCCACGAGGAAUAGCAAAAAGUUCUCAACAAAGAAGGAUAAAGAGUCGGCAGUCGAAGUGGCGUUUAUCCAAGAGCCAUCUGCACCUAAAUCAGUGUCGACGCCUUCGCAAAAGCCUAAAGCCAUGCAAGGAAACAUGUCACGGGGAUUUGACGAAAGCAAAAAGUUCCCUCGAAGGGAAUUACGCCUCUACCCCGACCUCUAUUAA